AUGUCAUUAUUUGGGCAAAGCAACAAUGCGGGUCAGCAGGUCGGAGGUCUGUUUGGUGGGCAGCAGUCCAAACCAUUAUUCGGCGCAUUAGGCCAGAGUACGCAACAGAAUAAUACAACACAGCCUGCACAAAGCAAUCUCUUCGGCGGGUUUGGGCAGUCUACCAAUCAGAAUACGCAGCAGCAGCCUCAAAAUGCCCAAGCUGGGACAUCGAACCUAUUCUCCGGUCUGAAUCAAAGUACACAACAAAACCAGCCACAGCAACAAUCGUCGGGUCUUUUUGGCGGUCUUGGGCAGAGUACACAACAGCCCCAACAGCAGCAGCAACAGGCUGGGCAAAGUCUUUUUGGCGGACAGAACAACCAGCAGAACCAGCAGCAGUCGGGGGGACUUUUCAGCAAUUUGAACAACCCACAGAAUCAACAAGCCGGAGGCAUAUUUUCUCAAUCGACUGUUCAAAACUUACCUCAACUCGGACAGAGUCAGCUUGGUCAAACCAAUAAUUCGAUGGGGAGUUCAUUAUGGCAACCAGGAAGUGCUGUCAAACCUCGUGAGAAGAGUAUUCCCGAACAAAUCGGAACUGUUCUUGAGAAGUGGGAUACCAGUAGCCCGAAUUGCGCUUUCCAACAUUAUUUCUACAACAAAGUCGACGAUAAUAUGGUACCCUUUUACAAGCCUGGUCCAAAUGAGGAUCCUAAGGCAUGGGAUGAAGCGCUAUCGAACAAACCAGGGCCUGGAUUUAUCCCAGUCCUGUGUGUAGGAUUUGCUCAAUUGGGGGAGAGGAUCAAGCUUCAACAGCGGAAUCUGGCGCACUAUAACGCUCGUCUUCACGAAAUCAACAACUCGCUUUCGCUGAUGCUUCAAACACAUGAUACGAAAACUAGCAUUCGAGCCAUGGACGCGAGAAGGAGGCAUACAGUGUUGAAGCAGAGAUGCCUGGCGUUGGCGACCAAGGUUCAAGUUCUACGAAACCGCGGUUACGCUCUUGGUGGGGAUGAAGAGGAUCUCAAGUCAAAAUUACAGGAGCUGGAACGUGGAGUGAGCGAUCCUGGAUUGGGAGCAAGAGGUGAGGAAAUAUGGGCACGUAUGCUCACGGUACAAGAGCGGGCAAAACUACUGAAAGCCGAGUUGGAGAAGAGUGGUUCGGACGCCCCUGAUAGAUUGGACGAAAAUAUGACACAACAAGCGAAGAAGAUUUUGGAGGACUAUCAAACUCAGCUCGAUCAUCUCAAAAAAGAAAUAGAGUCGAUCAAUAAAGAUUACGUCGAGUGGGAAAAGGACAAUGGACCGGAUCCCAAAAAAGCCAAAGCGGCAUCCAGAGCAGAGACAGAUAAGAAAGCGAAAAUGGCGUUUAUGAGGCAGAAGAUGAGCACUACCCCUGCAGGAUAUAUCCCAUAUUCAUGA